AGAAAAUCACCCAAAACAUACAAACGACAAAAUAAAGAGCAAAAAUGGGCAAGAAAAUUGAAUGCUACCUCGACUGCGUGUCACCAUACAGCUUCUACGCCUUCACGUAUCUGCAGAAGAAUGCUGCUACUCUCGAGAGUCUAGGUGUUGAGAUUGAGUAUAUUCCCGUCUUUCUAGGAGGGAUCAAUGUAGCCAGUGGAAAUAAACCCCCCUGGACCCUCCCCGCCAAAGCCGCCUACUCAAGCUACGACGGCAAACGAGCCCAGAAAUACUUUGGCCACAACUUCGAAAUUCCCUCCUGGUGGCCUAUCUUGUCGCUUUUGCCCCAAAGAGCCCUAACCUACAUCAAAACCCACCACCCCAAAUCAACCCUCUCGGCAGCCUUCAAGCACUGCUUUGAAACGAUGUGGAAGGGCCAAUUGGACAUUUCCAAGCCCGAGAAUCUGGCUACUGCUCUUGGAAAUGUAUUCAGCGCCGAGGAAGUAGAGAAGAUUAUUACCGCUGCAGGGACGCCUGAGGUUAAGGCUGAAUUGGCGGCGACGACGGAGAGAGUCGUGAAGGAGUUGGGGGCGUUCGGGUGCCCGUGGUUUUGGGUCGUGAACGGGGAGGGAAAGGGGGAGCCGUUCUUUGGGAGUGAUCGGUGGCAUUUUAUGUGGGAGUUUUUGGGUUUGCCUUUUGAUGAUUUGAGGUUGCGGGCUAAGAUUUAGGGAUAUCAAUUCCCAGGUGUCUACAUACCAAGCAUAGGAUACC